AUGCAAUCACUUUGUGUUCUGGGGCGUGGCCACAGGGUUGCAGCAGGGCCACCCUCUGUUCAUGCCCCAGAGCCCCUCCCCACACUCUCCUGGCUCAAGGUGAUGGCGCACCCACGUGGGUGCAAGGACAACGGGCCGCCGCACGGCUGCUCCUGGCUUACCUCCGUCUUCUCUGUUACAGGAAUCACUGUGUUCCUGCAGGGAAUGGCCCUGGAGCACCACACUGACCUGGCUUCUUCUCUUUUUUUCCCCGUAUUCUUUUUUUUUAUUGGAGUAUCAUUGCUUUACCAUGCUGUGUUGGUUUCUGCUGCACAACGAUGUGAAUCUGCUAUGUGUAUGCAUAAGUCCCCUCCGUCUUGA